AUGUCAGUGACACUUACAACUUACAAUGCAACAACAACAAAAGAUGUUGAUGAAUGGAAAAAGGUCGACGUCAAAGUAAAGAUGUGGGUCUUCUCCACCGUCUUUCAUUCUCUUCUACAAAUGGUUCUCAAGGAAUAUUCUUAUGCUCGUAAUGUAUAUCUACAUAUGGAGAAGCUUUUUCGUGACAAUAAGAAAGCAAGAUUGAUGCAACUCGAUACCGAACUUCGCAAUAUCUCAAUUGAUGACAUAUCCAUGGCAGUUUAUUGUUACAAAAUUCAACACAUAUCCAAUCUAUUGGAAAAUCUUGAUGCUUCAUCUAAGGUACAAGACAAGCAUUUGGUAAUUUAUGUGAUUAAUGGUUUAUCUACCAAGUACGAACACCUUGCAACUCUUAUUCUUCACCGCUCUCCCUUUCCGAACUUUUCCGAAUUUAGUGAAUCUUGA